AUGCCUCGUUUACGUAAUCAAUCUACUGACAGGGUUGAAGACGGUGAAGCGAUGGUGAACUUCGUUGCCUGUUCUCUCAUGUCUGUCGAGGACAACUGUGUCCUUCAUCCACUGAACAUGCACGAUCUGUACCUUCACAUAAACCCUUCCGGUGAAAGAAUAUCCCUCAGUCUAUCGAAUACCUCUUCAUCUUCAACAAUCGCAACCAACAGAGGCAGAAGGCAAGCACCAAUGAGAAGUGCAGUGGCGGACCUAAUUCAGCGACGCGGCUCAGAAAUCCGGAGACUUUCAAUUCGUGUGUGCAAACCAGGAAGUUGUGAGAUUAAAACAAAAUACGCCCAGGAGCUUCCGUCUCUUGCCAGAGAUCGCAUCCUCCCAAUCAUUGAAAUGUGUGGUUCAAGCAUUAGUUCUUUAGAAGUGUCCGCUGAGAUCAUUUGGGCCUGCUGCAAUGACAAGCAAACCAGCUCAAAACUUCCUCGGCUGCAGGAGAAGUGCCUAAAUGUUCGAAAGGUAAUGGUGAUUGCCAGCGAUUGCUCGGAUUUCGGACAAGAACUCCAUCCGUCCGCAAAGGAUAUUUCCACCUAUUUGGGCCUGUUUCCCUCACUGAAGGAAGGGAAAAUCAUUUGCCCUGGACUCUUCAGUGAGCAGACUGUUCAUGAGGUUCUUACUAACUGCAGACAACUCCGGCGUCUCUACAUUAUUUCCCAUGAAAACUCGAAAAUUGACUACACUCCAUUCCCAAAACACGAUACACUCGAGCUUCUCUUCCUGGAAUUAAACGGGCUUUCUGCGGACGAUGGUUGUAACAGACUUUUGAAUGAAACGCUAUCGAACUUGUUCUCCCCUAAAUACAUUCUACUAAAGAUUGAGCAUGGCAAAUAUCCCAGCACUAAGUACCUGAAUUCAUUUUUCGCAGUCAGGCCUGAACUGCAGUGGUUGGUUGUAGUUUUCAACAAAUACGGCAAGGUACUGUUGUGUCACGCUGACAAGCAGAGUAGGACAGGUGUCGAAAUUAUCAAGGAUCCCACAUUCCACCUAGGAAAUCUGAUUCACACCUACCCAGAGCUUUAUGAUAUAUUUUGGACGUGGCCACCACUAGUAGGCUUACCUCCACGCCCUCCUAUCCUGCCUCGUGAUCUUAGGGCCUCCAGCAUACCCAUUACUGAUGUUUGCAUUCUGGACAUAGAGGUAGCCGAAGAGGAGUUGGAGUUGGAAGUUGCCAGUGCUUUACCGCAAGAUGACGUGCAUAAGCGCAAAGAAAUGCUGUAG